AUGACUGAUAAAUCUGUAAUACGUGAAUAUUUCACCGGAAAGUCGGUGUUUAUUACUGGGGCCACGGGUUUCAUUGGAAAGGUUUUAGUGGAAAAGUUGCUCCGAUUCUGUACGGGAUUGGACACCAUUUAUAUACUAAUCCGCAAGAAAAAGGGACAGUCGGCUGAGGAACGGCUGGAAACACUACUGCAGUCAAAGUUAUUUAGUUUUUCACUAGACGUCCACAAAGUCCGCCACAAGUUGGUUGCCAUCGAUGGCGACCUAUCAGUCGAUGGCAUCGGACUUAAGGAAUCGGACCUCAAACUAUUGGUGCGCGACGUGUCGGUGAUCUUCCACGUGGCCGGGGAUGUCAAGUUCAAUGAGACGAUCCGGGACGCCGUCACCCACAACCUGAUUGGCACGAAAUACGUGAUGCAAUUGUGCCGACAGUGCCGGCGCUUGGAAGCACUCGUUCACGUGUCCACUGCCUAUGCCUUCUGUCAACGGUCCGACUUAGAGGAGAGGAUAUAUCCCAUGAAAGUCACCCCCGAAGAGGUCAUACACGCCGUCGAGACCAUGAAUGACACGCAACUCCAGAAUUAUACGGAACCUCUGCUGGAGGGUCGACCCAAUUGCUACACAUUUGCCAAAGCAUUGGCCGAACAUAUCGUACUGAAGGACAAACCGGUGGGACUGCCGGUGGCUAUAGUGCGGCCGUCCAUCGUAUUGGCCACAUAUGAGGAGCCCAUCGCCGGCUGGAUCGACAACUUUAACGGCGCCACCGGUAUUGCACUGUUGGGUUCACUGGGGAUUAUGCGAAUUGCCGACUAUGAUGCCGACAAACGUGUUUCAUUCAUACCGGUCGACAUGACCUGUAACGCCCUGAUCACCUCGGCCUGGCAUAUGGCCACCGCCCGACCCCCAGACGUACAGAUAUACCACUUGUCGUCCGAACCGCACAAUACGCCUCCACUGGUCGAUGUGGUCGAGUCCUUCGUGUUGGCCCAACAGGACAGCCCUUCCAUCAAAGUGGUCAGACCUCACGCCGGUGUCCCACACACCCGGCCCUCCCGUUUACGGCUAUGGAUGACAAUACUUAUAUCGCAUCUCAUGUUUGCCUACUUUGUCGACGCAAUCAUAUGGCUGUUCGGCUAUAAACCCAUUAUGGUUUCUGUGACCCAACGGAUGCACAACGGCUUUGAGAUGUUAUCCUACUUCUGGAUGAAGGAGUGGACCUUUCACUCGCUGAACACCCGUUCCCUUAUGGCAAUCCUACGGCGGCACUCGCCAUACGAUUCACAGCACUUUAAGUUUGACGUCUCGAUAGUGGACUGGAAUCUCAUGACAAAGAAUUCAUGGUAUGGCGGGCGCCGGUAUCUGCUUAAGGAAGACGACGACAAUAUACCCAAAGCUAAACGUAGACUAACUAAGUAUGUAUUACUUUUAUCUACCUUUCCCUACUAG